AUGUUUCGUAGAAGGCCAAAAAGUGGCUCCAAAUACAGAGAUCUAUUCCAACCUACAUUGACUUGUACCUGCGUCCAAACAAAUUGUCAGGCUCGCUGGGCGCUGGGAGGACGUUUGCUGGUCCAACAGGAUGGCUUGCCUAUCCAACAAUACUCUUCCUCAGCCUCCUCCAAACGAUGGCAGACACGACAAGUCAAAGACAAAUUUGCCGUCAAUGCAAAAGUACAAGGUCUGAAAAGCCGCGCUGCAUUCAAGCUCUUAGAGAUCAAUGAGAGAUACAAGAUAUUCCGUGGAGGUCAGACAGUUGUGGAUUUGGGGUACGCUCCUGGAUCCUGGUCGCAAGUUGCAGUAGACCGUACUUUUCCCAACGGAAGAGUGCUGGGUAUUGACAUUAUCCCCGCUCAACCACCCAAAGGUGUCUCGACCAUUCAAGGAAAUUUCCUCUCACCAGCUAUACAGGAGGAAGUAAAGAGGUUUCUGCGCGAAUCUGAUCGAGGACGGAUCAAACAGGAGCCAUCCUUUAUCGCAGAGGAGGGAGAAGACCAGAUGACGGAGGAAGAUCUUGAACAGAGCUCGAGGAGCUACCUCGAGCUUGAGAAGAGAGCCGACGUGGAAACCUCGAGCCAUGCUGUUUCAGCCGCGCAAAAAACAAGGGGAGGCAGGUCUGGGACUGGCAAGGUGGACAGCGGAAUGGUGGAUGUUGUGCUCAGCGAUAUGAUGAUGAAUACGAGCGGCGUGAGCUUCAGAGAUCAUGCCGGUAGUAUGGAUCUAUGUGACGCUGCACUACGCUUUACUUUCGACACGUUGCGAACUGGCGGACAUUUCGUCUGCAAAUUCUAUCAAGGCUCAGAGGACAAGGCUCUAGAGCUCCGAUUGAAGACCCUUUUUUCGAGGGUCCAUAGAGAGAAGCCAGAAUCUUCACGCAGCGAAUCAAAGGAAGCUUACUUUGUCGCACUGAGAAGAAGAGCUGGCUCGUAG